UUGUCUUUGUUGACAGCGCUGCAAGGUUAGACCGUCACUGCUGUUAUGCUAGAGGAAGAAUAAAAGUUUGCUCACGCUGCUCUUGUUUUGGUUUGCAUCGCGUUUCACUUUAGCUAGCCGAUUAGCUUACUGAAGCCCAGCCAUGUCUGCCAUGUGGCGGCGGCUGCAGGUGAAGGUGGGGCCGGCUCGUGGAUUACUCACCUCCACACAGGUAGCACGUCGAUCCACAUGGCUGAACGGACAACUGUCUCUAUGUCAAAGCUUUAGCACAGGCACAUCUCUACGAAAUGACUUCUUCAAAGAUCUGGAGACCCAUAUGGAAGCUAUGCGGAAGAAGGCGGUGGACGCGCUUCCAGGGAGCAGCUGGACUCCUCUGGAGAUCAACCCCAACCUUCCACCAGAGAGGGCGGACAUCGUGAUCGUCGGAGGCGGGGUGGUGGGCUGGUCCAUCGCCUACUGGCUGAAACAGAAGGAGAUGGUGCGCGGAGGGGUGCGGGUCCUGGUUGUGGAGAAGGACCCAACGUACUCCCAGGCCUCCACAGUGUUGUCUGCUGGGGGGAUCCGACAGCAGUUCUCCCUGCCGGAGAACAUCCACCUUUCCUUGGCCUCUGCCGACUUCAUGAGGAACAUCAAUGACCAUCUCGGCAUGUUGAACGAAGACCCCAUAGACCUGCAGUUUAACCACUCGGGAUACCUCUUCCUGGCCAGUGAGGCGGUGGCUCACAUCAUGGAGGAGAACUACAGCACCCAAAGGUACGCUGGAGCCAAAGUGUCUCUUCUUUCUCCGACACAACUGAAGGAGAAGUUUCCGUGGGUAAACACAGAGGGCGUGGUUCUUGCUUCAUAUGGGCUGGAGAAUGAGGGCUGGUUUGACCCAUGGACUCUGCUGAACGCCUUUAAGAGGAAGGCCAUCUCCAUGGGAGCCAUUCAGUGCUGUGGGGAAGUCACAGAAUUUAAAUAUACGACAAACGUGAUGACGACGACUGCUGGAGAAAAGCUGGAUCUGAGGAGAAUAAAGUCAGUCAAAGUGCAGAUGCCAAACAGCCUGGAGUACCAGCCAGUGGAGUGCGCUAUUGUGGUGAAUGCAGCAGGAGCCUUUUCUGGUAAACUGACCGAGAUGCUGGGAAUUGGCUUUGGCCCCAAGCAGUCCAUCGCUGGAAUCCCACUGCCUGUUGAGCCACGGAAAAGGUAUGUGUAUGUGGUCCACUGUCCCGAUGGUCCCGGUCUAGACACUCCUUUCUUAAUCGAUUACUCAGGAGUCUACGUCAGGAGAGAGGGGUUAGGUGGGAACUACAUCGCCGGGGCCUCACCAGAGGAGGCGGCAGAGCCAGACGCCAGUAAUCUAGAGGUGGACCACAGUUUCUUUGAGGAGAAUGUCUGGCCUCAUUUGGCCUUUCGAGUUCCUGCUUUCGAGAAACUUAAGGUGACCAGUGCCUGGGCAGGUUUCUAUGACUACAACACCUUUGACCAGAACGCCAUCAUCGGUACGCACCCCCUGAUCAACAACAUGUACUUCGCCACGGGCUUCAGCGGCCAUGGCCUGCAGCAUUCGCCUGCGGUGGGUCGCGCCGUGGCAGAGCUGAUUCUGGACGGAAACUAUAAAACGCUGGACCUGAGCAGCUUCGGUUUCAACCGGAUUCUGACUCAGGAACCCAAGCUGGAGAGGAACAUCGUGUAGCUGAGCUGAACCCUGGACUCAUAUCUUUCACAUCCUGCUGAAGCCAACCAAAGUCUUAUUUUUGUAGCUGGGAACAUAACUUUAAUGACAAUUGAUUUGUGAGAUCUGGGUUGUAUAAUUUCUACAAUCCAGAUGAACAAAAGCAAAACCUCAGUGAUUUAAGAAAAGGCCCAAAUAUGACACAUUUCCAGCCUUCAGGAGCUGCGGGAAUUAUGUCUCCUGACCAUCGGGGGCUACAAGGAGGUCAGAGUGGAUAGAUGUGUCAGGAUAUUAUUAGACAUUCUGCCAGGUAGUGACAAAACAGAUGGAUAGGUGCAAAGGAAUACACUGACAACAUCAGUGAGAAGAAAUCUAAAAUAAAUAAUUAAAAAUAAAUAAUUUAAAAAUAAUGAAAGGGCCUUUAAAAGGUUCAUCUUUAAAGAUUUUAACACAGUUCUCUCAACAGCAGGCUCAGAGAACAUAUAUUUGGUUCUUUAAAUGAGAGUUUUCAUAGUGCGAUCUUUCUGAUGUGACACUGAAAGACAUAAAUGAGUCCCGUAUCUUAAAGAUAUUUAUAUGGGGUUUUUUCUGGUGUGUAGCUAACGUGUGAUUUAGUUAUUAAAAUUAAAUUAUUUGGCUUAGAGCUGUCACAGUCUCAGAUCUUCACUACACAAUUAUCACAGCCAAAUUGUGAUGAUAGGUGAUACUGAUAAUAAUGCAAUCAAUUUUACAACUUUUUGUUGUAGUUUAUGAGCAGAUAAUAAGGAAAAAGAUUGCAGUAUUAGUGAUCUCACUUUUUAAAUUUUAAAAAUUACAACAACAACAACAACAACAACAAAAAUUAGGAUAUUUAUGGAUAUUACCAAAAAAUAGUGAGUAAGUAUGCCCUAAAUUUUACUUUUUCAGUCUGGAUUUUGAUACAUUUGUUUAUUGUAUUUAAAGAUUUUGAAUUUUUCCCAAUUCUCAGGCACACAAACUUUCAGAAAACACUAUUUGAGUUCUUAGUUGAAAUUAAACACAAAAAAGGCAAACAGUAAAACUGUUGCUCAGACUAUGUUAUAAACCAUAAUAGUAAAAGUGUCAUAUUUCUCUCUUUUUGGUCAGUGGUUACAUACCUGUCCUUUCUUUAACCCCUGUGUUUGCUGCAGUGUUUCUUAUUGUAACUGACAUCUGAUAAAAUGUAUUUUAAUGCAAUUAUGCUCUUUUAAAGCUAUGAGCUCAUUUCUAGGGUGGCUCUGGAUUUUAGUGAUGCAACUAUGUUCUCAUAUCUUUUCUUUUUUUUCGUUGGUGUUGGCGUUACCCAAAUAUGUGAUAACAACCCUGGAAUAUGCCGGGUGACUGUGAUGUUACACUUCCUACAAGAUUUUGUUUGAGAAUCAGAGCACCUAGUCUGCUCGGGGUCUUUUAUUUUGAAAACUGACUGGCUCCUCUGUGGAUUUCAGCUGCUUCUGUUGCAGCGACUUUGGUAAACAAUCAAGCGUUGAAUUGAGUGGGCACCGUCAGCCUGUCACAUGGCCACGCCCCGCUUAUUGCCGGGGAUGAGACCAAAGGUGUGGUGAACUGAAUUAUCCUUUAAUUUCAACUUUUUCUGUGCAUAUAGAACAUUUUUUAAAUCAAGAGUUUUAUUGUUUUAAAUGAUCAUUUGAGUUCAUUUAAUAAUGAACCCUACUGGCAGCACCAGUGUCUUUUAUUAGUCUGAUUUCAGAGGAAAUAAUGUUGCUUUCUAAAGAAAUCAUCAAGAGGAACCACUGAGAAUAAAGUGGAAGGAAAGAGAUGAUUCUUCAUUAGAAGACUAAAAAUAUGCAUGGAGGUGAGCCAGCAGCUGACUCACUCCUGAUAUAGAAUAACAGGAGGAACUUCUGCUUUCCAGAUUUCCACUGAACUCGGCUGUUUGGUACCGUUACGCAGUCGGAACGUGCAAAUUUAGAGUGAAACCUCAUCAGAUGCAUAUGUGCUGUCGCAUGCAACGGUUUAACUGUGGUACUUUUAACAGCUUUAUAUACUUUUUGUGUCUUUUUCUAAUUUGAUCAGUAUACUGUAUGUGUGUUGUAUUGAUCAGUGUAAUUACAUUUUUAUCAAUAAGACAUUUUUCAAGAAAAACGUGGAGUUGUUGCCUGA